GUCAUAAUAACGGAGAAAAUAAAGCGCCGAUUACAACAAGCAAUCAUAAACAACAAGUAACAAUUCAGGCAAAACCGAUAGAAAUGAAAGAUGCAGUGGGGUAUUUGGAACAAAUUAAAAAUGAAGAAUCCCCACAAACGUAUCACCAUUUUUUGGAAAUCAUGACAGAAUUUAAAUCUGAAAAGAUAAAUACCCCUCAAGUAUUGGAACGCGUUACAUUAUUAUUUAAAGGAAAACCAUGGCUAAUUCGUAAAUUUUUAAUGUUCUUACCACCAAGUCAUAUCCUUGAUUUAUCUCCAGAAAAUAAUCUUAAUUUAAUAUAUAUCACUUCACCUACUGGAAAUAAAAUUAUCAUUGAUACAGAUAAAGGUGUAGUGAAUUACAAAAAAGAAUAAAUUAUUAUAUUCAAUAAUAAAUAAUAAUAAUUAUUAAAAUAAACGCGCACCAUAACGAGCCAACAUGAUAAAACUGUAACAUAUCUUCUU